AUGCACGAAAAUACUUAUUAUUGGAUAUAUCACGAACUUAAAAAAAAUGAUAAUAGUAAUUAUACCCAAGAUUUUUAUGAUAAAAUCAUUCAGGAAGCUGAUUUAUCUAUUUACACUAUAUGCAAUAAUUAUUUUACUUAUACAGAUAAUGAAAUGGAAAGGCUGAAAGAUGCAUAUGAUAUGCAUACUAUACUUAAUGAUAUAGAAAUUGAUGCACCACACUGUAAUAGUAAUAGGUGUGAAUGUACCACGAAAUGUUCUAAAAUAUAUAUGAAUUACUGGGAUGAAUGUGUGAGAAAUAAUGACUCAGAUUUUUGUAAUUAUCUAAAAAUUAUUAGAAAUAAGUUUUAUUCUUUAAAGUUACCUUAUUACUGUGAAAAUAAUAUACCUGAAAUAUUAUCAUAUUCAGAAAUUCAACAAAGAUCAUUAGGUCAAAUACAAAAACACAACAACAAAAAGAAUAUUAUAAUUACAAUUCUUUUUUCAGAAUAUGGUCCCAUAUUAAGCCGUUUCGUAAAAGGGGAAAAAAAUAUGCUAUAUUAUAUGGAUGAAGAGUGGAAUAAAUUGCAAGAAACUAAACAUUUCAACACCAUGUCAACAAAAUCGGGACAUAAUAUACUAUAUUUUUAA